CAUUUCAAUUGCAUGUCCCGUCCCAUCCCUUCCCACACCCUUCUCCCCCUUCUCUUCAAACCUCUCCCUCUCCUUUCUCUCCUCAACUCGUAAGAAAUAGCAAACAUCCCCCACACCCGCAACAUAUAAAGACACCUCUGAUGGCAGUUGAAGCCCACCAUCUUCACCUCUUCCCCUCCCAACUCCUUAGAAACAGAGAAAUCACCAACGCUUUGGAGAACCAAUCCAGCAUCUACAACACCCAAAUGAGCUUCGUCGCGCCCGUCUCCGGCACUACCGGCUCCUUCAUCCCCUUCUACAAUCCCACCACCCCCACCGCCGCCUCCGAAAGCAGUCUCACCUUCAACAACCUACCCCCUGCCGCCGCCGCCGCCGCCGUGCGGCUACCUAAGAAGAGGUCGCGAGACUCCGACCGCCCGCUCUGUUUCCUCGGCGAAGACAUCUCCUCCCACGUGCACCACCAGAUGCUCGACGUCGAUCGGCUCAUCGCCCAUCACGUAGAGAAGGUGAGAUUCGAGUUGAUGGACCGGCGAAAGCGUUUCGCAAGGCAAGUCCUCGUAGCAGUCGAGGAGAGAGUAUCGAAACGGCUAAAGGCUAAGGAAGAGGAGAUCGAGAGGAUCGGCAAGCUCAACUGGGCACUAGAGGAACGCAUCAAGAGCCUGUGUGUGGAGAACCAGAUAUGGAGGGAUUUGGCUCAGAGCAACGAGGCCACGGCCAACGUUCUCCGGACCAACUUAGAGCAAGUCCUCGCAGCUCAGGCGAAGGUCAAGGAGGAGCACGAGGGCGAGGGCGAGGCCGCCGACGCCGAGUCAUGCUGCUGUGGCGACAACCAAGAAGAGGAGAUUAAGCUGAUCAACCCAUGGAGGAGAGCGUGCCGGAAUUGCCGAGAAAGCGAGCCGUCGGUGCUGCUGCUGCCCUGCCGGCAUCUCUGCUUGUGCUCUGCCUGCGCUCCGGCGAUCGACGCCUGUCCCAUCUGUAAAUGCCGCAAGACUGGUAGUGUCAAUGUAAACGUGUCGUGAAUCCCAAGAAGAAUAAACGGAUAACAUGCUUAGAUCAUAGAGAAUUUUUAGUCUCUGUUUUCCAAGGCUUUUUCCUUUCUUUUUCUUUCUUUUUCUUUUUUUUUUUUUUUUUUUUUCUGUUCCUCAGAUUAUGGUAAUAGUUUUUGAUCGUAAGGAAAAAUUUGUUAAAUUAUUUGUAAACACGUACACUCAUCAAAUCUUUUCCAGAUUUCUUCUU